GUGAAGGUGCGUUUUGAUGUUUGGCAUCCACGAGAGCAUCCAGAGGAGUGGGAGUAGUAUGAAAGAAGAGCCCAUGGUGGCCGGGAUGAACGCGGUUCGGACAUGGAUGCAGGGCGCCGGAGUGCUGGACGCCAACACAGCCGCCCAGAGCGGAGUGGGUCUUGCUCGGGCACACUUCGAGAAACAGCCGCCCUCGAACCUUCGCAAGUCCAACUUCUUCCACUUCGUCCUGGCCUUGUACGACAGACAGGGUCAGCCGGUGGAGAUAGAGAGAACCACCUUCGUGGACUUCGUGGAGAAGGAAAAGGAAACGACGGGGGAAAAGACCAACAAUGGGAUCCAUUAUAGACUUCAGCUCCUCUACAGUAACGGGAUCAGGACAGAGCAGGACUUAUACGUUCGCCUCAUUGACUCUAUGACUAAACAGGCCAUCGUCUACGAGGGGCAGGAUAAAAAUCCAGAGAUGUGUCGGGUCCUGUUGACCCAUGAGAUCAUGUGCAGUCGGUGCUGUGAUAAGAAGAGUUGUGGCAACAGGAACGAGACCCCAUCAGACCCUGUCAUCAUCGACAGGUUCUUCCUCAAGUUCUUUCUGAAGUGUAAUCAGAACUGCCUGAAGAAUGCAGGGAACCCUCGAGACAUGAGGCGUUUUCAGGUGGUUGUGUCGACUACGGUGAGCGUAGAAGGUCACGUCCUGGCCGUCUCUGACAACAUGUUCGUGCACAACAACUCCAAACACGGGCGCAGGGCUCGAAGACUGGACCCCUCGGAAGGAACACCAUCCUACCUGGAACACGCAACCCCCAGCAUCAAAGCCAUCAGCCCCAGUGAAGGCUGGACCACAGGGGGCGCUACAGUCAUCAUCAUCGGGGACAACUUCUUUGACGGCCUGCAGGUCAUCUUUGGAACCAUGCUGGUCUGGAGUGAGCUGAUCACGCCCCAUGCCAUUCGUGUGCAGACUCCACCAAGACACAUCCCCGGGGUGGUGGAGGUCACGCUGUCCUACAAAUCCAAACAAUUCUGCAAAGGCACACCUGGACGCUUCAUCUACACAGCGCUGAACGAGCCAACUAUAGACUACGGCUUCCAGAGGUUACAGAAGGUCAUCCCCAGACACCCCGGAGACCAAGAGAGAUUACCCAAGGAGGUGAUCUUAAAGAGAGCAGCAGACCUGGUAGAGGCCUUGUAUGGGAUGCCUCACAAUAACCAGGAGAUGAUUCUGAAACGAGCAGCGGAUAUCGCAGAGGCCCUGUAUACAACAGUGCCACGAGGGCACAACCAGCUAGCCAGUCUUGGCAGCGGCUCCGUCCAUGCUGGCAUGAUGGCCGUAAAUUCCUUCACUGGGUCAGAGGUGGCACAAACAGCCAAUCAGGGUUUCAGUAGGAGUACAAGCAGUGUGUCCCCUCAUGGUUAUGUCCCCAGCUCCACUCCCCAGCAGAGUAGCUACAGCUCUGUCUCCACUAGCAUGAAUGGCUACGCUAACUCUGGCAUGGCAACCUUGGGCACCUCGCCCAACUUCCUCAAUGGAUCUGCAGGCAACUCGCCCUAUGCUAUUGUCCCGUCAAGCCCCACCAUGGCCUCGUCAACCAGCCUGCCCUCCAACUGCAGCAGCUCCUCCGGCAUCUUCUCCUUCUCUCCAGCCAACAUGGUGUCCGCCGCUGUCAAGCAGAAGAGCGCCUUUGCCCCUGUCGUUCGACCCCAGAACUCCCCUCCGCCAACGUGCACCAGCACUAACGCAAACAGCCUGCAAGAUCAGUCUUUUGUGGACUCUAGCAAGUACUCAUCAGCCAGCUCUCUGCAGGGCCUGGCGUUCUCCUGAACGAUUCCUGGGAUGAUUGUUCCACCCAUGUAGAGGAUCUGGGAUAGCUGGAGAUUUGGGAAUGUUGAGAGGAAAAGACACAGCAGCAGAGUCUGGCGAGUCUCUGUUAUACUCCGGAGCUGAACUGAAGGAAGUCAAGAUAAGACACAGGACUCUGUUAAACUCAGGCCUUUCCAUUGGGAUUUCAUCUGAAGGGAUAGGGGAGGAGAAAAAAAGGGACAAUACGAACCUUUGUGAUGUUAUUUCCCUCUUGGUUGAAUUAGUGUAGCUUCUCUGACACCGCGUUGGAUGGAGUGUAGAGAGACUGAUAGUUUGCCCACAGUGUGACACUGACCUCAUGAAAAGAGCAUUUAUUUAUCUUUAUGUUUAUGCCUGUAAGGUUUGGGUUUGAUUACUGGAGGCCCCACACCGUCUUGCAAUCCGUAACUCGCACAAACAACAGUGAAGUGUUGGUUUGGCCAUGAAGUUUACGUAACCUCUGUCACAAUAGAAGAUGCUUUCCUUAGCUCAGCUGGCUUACUAAAACCACAUAACGACACGCUGGCCAAAUGGAACUAAGGUCAACAACACAAAAAAGCAAAGAAAUACAGAAAAGAACAAAAUCAACCCCCUAAUUUUGCUGCUAAUUAUCCCAUAAAACUAAAAAUGGUGUAUCAACAUCACCCUAUGCUAUUUUCAACAUCAGAAACCAUGUCUUUCUAUUUGUUUUUUUUUUUUGUUUGGUUUGUUUGUUUGAAUUUUAAUAAAACUGUGAGGAUUGAGCUGUUUGCAAUAUGCUUUUCUGCUUGUCAUGUGAAGAAAAGGUGAUGAUUUAGCCAAAAUUGACGUUUUGUCUGAGAUUUUAGUGAAGACUUGAAAAGCCCGAGGAUGUGUGCGUCCAGCCAGCACUGUACUGAAGGAGUCUAGCAAAUAUCAAAUUAAAAAUAAAUGCGUGAUAUAUGUCAUAUAUUUUUGUAUAUAAAAAUGUUGAAUUUUUCAUUUGACAUUUCUUUUCUUUUUGCAAUAGCUAUAGUUUGAAAUGUAAACAUUAAAUGUCUUAAGGCAGCUUCUCAGUGCAGAAGGUAGAUUUACUGUGUGUUGUCAAUAUCUCAUCUGCUAAACAUGAGAAACAUGGAUUUGGAUACAUUUAAGGGGAUUCCUGUAAAAUAUCCUAUAAAUAAUGUAUUUAUCCCUUGUAUUUGUACAUUGCCUCUCACUCCUGUUUAGUUGUGUUGUGUAAGUUUAAUACAGUAAGUGAACAUAAUUCACAGUGUUUUGUUUCAUUAUUUCCUGUUGUCUCUCACUAUUUAAAUGUGACUUUUUUUUAAAUCUUUUUUUGUUUUGUUUUGUAUGUUGAUUGUUUUGCAUUGAUAUACCAUGCUUUCAUUUGUUGAUUCAAAACAUGCCAUUGUCUAUUUUUGUAUUAUUUGUAAGUUAAUAAAAAUUUUCAGUUUUUUUCCUUAUGAAAAUGUUUAUUGUAUGGCAAAAAAGUAGCAUCUUAUUCAGAGUAUUUGGUUGAAGUAGAUUUUUUAAGAAUAUAUACACACAUUAAUAUAUACUGUAAAUCUAUAUCUUUUUGUUUGAACUCUUUGAGGCUUUCAGAUUGAAACUGUUCUUGAACUGAUAAUAUGCAUGGGUUCUUCUCUUGAGUGACACUUUCUUUUUGUGUGUGUGUGGAAACCAAGAGAACUAAGAAAUUGCUCUGUUUUUCUUUCUUUGUGUUCCUCUUUUUUCCCCUCUGUUCUUUUUUCCUAUGUUAUUUAUGCCUGCUUACAUACUGUAUCUAUAUACUCUUUCUUUUUUUUCUCUCACUGUAAUCUUUACCAGCAGUCUAGAUGCCUUAACAAUGCAAACCCAUUCUUCAUUCAAUCACAUGUACAGUUUUCUACCCUCACCACAAUUGUCUAUUGCCACAGAGGAAUUCAUGAGAACUUGGGGACAAAGCACAAACCCACUCUGUUUGGUGGUGAAGCCAGACUAGAAUACAAAGAGCCAUAAUUCAAUGAUCACACACACCCCAAUGUACUAUAAUACUACAGCAAUGGCAUGCUUUGAAGGACCGUCAACGCUGAGAGGCCUGUCUCAGCUGUGCUCAUUGCACUUUAGUGUUCACAGAAACACUUUGUCUUUUUUGUAGCGAUUAUGUAGCUUUUUUUCAAUUGAAACGAUUUCAACAGCAUGAUGGUAAUAUUUCUCUAACCACAGGAUCACAACGGUAUGACAACACAGAGCUGUUUUAAUUGUAGUACAAAGGGGCGCACAGUGAAGACAUGCACUGUCACAGCACAAUUUUAAUCUCACACAUGGAGUCGUAGGUCUGACUCCAGUAUCUGACAGUCGAUCCCCCAGUCCUCUCCCUGCAUUAGCCUUUGGACAGUACAGCUUCAUUACAAGCUAAACAGAACAAGAACAAGAACAAGUGAGGAAGCAUGAAAGGGAGCUCCUUGGCCCCUCAGCCAUUUCUGUAGUCUUUUCUUUGUGUCUGCCAUGUGUCUUCAAGCUGUUGCUGGACAGAGAAUAGGGCUUUUCUCUCUGCUUUUCUUUUCUAGAGCCUGGUUUUGUUAAGUGGGUAGAAAGGACCAUUUUAACAGAGGCGCCUGCUGACAGACGAGUGUUUUUCAGGCACUUGUGUGCCUGAGCUGGUCUGGGGCGGGAGGGGCAGCACCAUAUCUGUUUCAAAUGAACUACAGAGGUCUGUUGUCAUACAAUGGCUUCUUUGUAAGCAAAGUUCCAUCCUGAUUAUGAAUAUUGGUAAUGGGUGACAAAGUUUUGUAUUUAGGUAACAAACAACAAAAAAAAAGAUGCAAACCAAAUAGCUGGUGUCUAUUUUUUUCCUCCGUUUUGUCUUUGACUGCAAAUACACUGAACAGCUCUAUGUUAUAAGGGAAGAAAAAAAUUCUACUGUAUAGAUUGUUAUUGUUUUUGAUGAAUUGAGCUGUAAGAUA